GUCUGCCUCGCCUGCGUCAAGCGCAGUGUCCGACUUACGAUGUAACAGUGGCGACGAGAAACGGAAAGCAAAACCCCUGGCAAAACCUUGAAGCACAGGACGGCAGCUACGCUACAAGGCGACGACUCGACGAUGGCACACCAGCAACUGCCCGACUUCGACGACGAAAGAGACAACUGGAAGGCCUAUGUUAUCAAGGCAGAGGCAUACUUUGAGGCAACGGGCGUGAAGGAGUCGGCAAAGAAACGGGCACUUUUGGUGGCAGCUUUAAGCACGCGCACCGUUCAAAUAUUAGCAGGACCAGUAGCGCCGAAGAAGCCGAAUUCUUUGGAGUACGAAGACGUCGUGAACGUCUUGGACGAGUUUUUUGAUCCCAAGCGCCAUGAGUUUACCGAAAGCUUCCGCUUUUUCAACCGCUGCCAGCUUGAUGUUGAGUCGCCGUCUACCACCACGCAGGUCACUGCUGACGCGUUUGCCGAGUUUACAGAUGUUUUCAGCUCGGAUCUGGGCCUCAUCAAAGGACCCGCGGCACACCUACAGCUGAAGGAGGGAGCCACGCCCAAGUUCUAUCACCAGCCGCUCCUGGGCCUGCUGAGACCGGAUCGGCCCACUCCGCCUCUGGCUGCUGCUCGCAUACAGCGCUGGGCGCUGUAUUUGGGAGGAUUUCGCUAUAAGUUACAGUAUUCGCCAGGCAAAUCGGGAACAUCGGAUGACUGGACUCUUGCACCAGACACAAAUGUUUACGUCCGUAACUUUGGUAAAGGUGAUAAGUGGAAGACUGGCACGGUAAAGUCAGCAGACGGAGCUAGGAUGGUGACAGUGGAAACGCCUGAGGGCCUCGUUCGGCGACACGUUGAUCAAGUUCACACAAGGAAAGACCCAAUGGCUACCCAAGGCCACAGGGAAACCGCGUCGCUGGAGAUCCGUGGUUGCACCACAUCGGACAGCAUCGAACAACAAUUCGACACUUGCCAUCUGGUGGACCCACAGACGGACCUGGUGACUGGUUCACUGACCCCCCUGGAAGUUUACCAGCCGCACACAGUCGAACUGGCUGUACCCCAGGCCCUUAUCCAGGAGCUGCAAAAUUCUGGAAACAAAGUCUACUUUGGUGUGAAAUCAAUAUCCUCAACAGGUGUCCCUUCAAAGAGAAACCAUGCCAUUUUCAGCGGCGCGGACGACACCGACGUCAAGGACGGGCUGACGAUAUAUGAAAGGGUAAGCGCCCACACUAAAUCGAACGAUCCCGCCAAACUGAGCCACUUGCUCUUCUAUCUUGCGGGUAUCGCCAGUCUCUGGUACAACAGCCAUGACACCAACUAUCGGACGUGGUGCUCCUUCAAGACCCCUUAG